AUGACCCCCCGCACUGCCGUGACACUUAAUAUUUACGACCUUGUUGAGGCCAACGAGUAUAUCGCACCACUGGGUCUAGGUAUUUUCCAUAGUGGCGUUGAAAUCGCCGGUGAAGAGUUUUCGUAUGCGAGUGGUGCCGGUAUCUUCUCUUCAAGACCUCGACAAGCACCUGGUGCCAAGUUUCGUGGAUCAAUUGCUAUGGGCAUUUUCGAAGGGAGUUUUCAAGAAGCCCAUCAACUGGCGUAUUCUUUAAGCUCGGACUUUGAAGGAGAAGCUUACAAUUUAUUUACCAAAAACUGCAAUACCUGUCUCAUGCCGGCGGACUUGAUGGAUCAAGCACCAGUGGGCGUUCCCAAUACGCCGUCGCGGAUCAUGAACGCUGCUUCGAGACGCUCCGAUAGUGUCUAUACUCCAUUUGCAGGGUCUGGUCAAAUUGUUGGUGGCAUUGAGGAAGCAUCAUCGCCGGAGCCAUCUACGCAAGCUGACAGACGCAAGAAAGUCCGCAUGGCAGCUUUGCGGCGAGUAGUUUUUGAACAAGUGACUCGUAUCAAAAGUUCAGCAGCCAUGCACAAGGAAGUUCUUGAAUCUAGUAUCGCCAAUGUUAGACUGCCUAGUGGUGGCCACCAGCGUUUCGUAAAGAUGAAUACGAUGGUGCAGGAAUUAGUCCGGAGCACACUGACAAUGAGUAUUUCGACUGCUCGAGAAGAGAUCAAAAAAUUUGACGUUCUCGACGACCUCCGCACUGUAAAAGAAAGUUGCCGAGAUAAAGUGAGCCGCGAAGCUAGGUAA